GGAUAUAAUCUUUUGAAACCGGGCAAGCCGAAUAUCUGUACAAACUAGACCAGUCAGUGCAUUCAGCCGUCACAAUCGAGAAAAGACUUGAGCCUUUGUCAUCAUGACUGUGCUUUCAACCCUCUCAAAGGAUUAUGGGUAUGUGGUGCUAGUAGGAACUGCUAGUACCUUCAUGAUUUCAUUUCUGGCUAUCCAAGUUGGAAGGGCUCGCAAGAAGUAUGGUGUUGAGUAUCCCACUAUGUACAGUGAUUCUGAACCUGAAUUUAACUGCAUCCAGCGAGCUCAUCAGAAUACAUUGGAAAACUAUCCUCAAUUCUUGAUGCUGCUGUUUUUCUCUGGGCUUGAAAAUCCAAGAGCAGCUGCUGGUCUAGGUGGUCUAUGGGUAUUGAGCAGGUUUAGCUAUGCCUUUGGCUACUACUCAGGAGAUCCUAAAAAGAGGACUCGUGGUUCUUAUGGCUACAUCGGUUCCAUUGGAAUGAUAUACUUGACCGUCAGAUCUGCCCUCCGUAUGCUGAAAGUAAUCUGUUAGAUACUUUACUUUCAUUAUACAGUGAACCUCAUUGCAACGUGCUGAUUGGUACAAGGGCUGGGCAGUAAGGGACACCCUCUCCCAUGAUUUUCAAGAAUUCAAAGUUUAAAAACAUCUUUAAAAAUUCUGAUAUGCCUGCUAGAUAUUUUUGUCAUCCUGAUUUUCAGCAAAAUAAGAAAUCUUGUGUGAGAGGUACAUUAUAUAUUUGAACAAUGUACCACCUGAAUUUAUACAGUCAUUUAAUCAUGAGUAGGCUAAUUCAAGCUACCUUUACAGAUCUUAAGCUUUCUUUAUCAUGAUAU